AUGCAACUCUCCAAAAUCAUCUACCUGCUCUUCGCAAGCACCGCUCUCUCCGCGACCACACCUCCAAGACGAACCAGCACCAGCCUCCGCGCAACAUCCACGCCUGCAGCCAAAGUAGCCACCCCACGAGUCCUCAAACCCGCGACACCGCCCACAAUGUCCGACAUCAAGAACUCCCUCGCAAACUGGAACACCAGUGUCUACACCGUCAACGCCUACCUCAACGACCCUCAAAACACCACCAAACUCGCCUCCGCCACCGUCUUCGCAAAAGACGAGCCCGUCCAACUCGCCACCAUGAUGAAAGUCGCGGGCCUCUCGACGUCCGGCGUCAACGCGGGCAAGAUCCUGAUGGGCAAUUUUGGGAGUAUCGUCAGUAAUCUGGAUAGUGUGCAGAGCGGUGCGAUGUCAACGAAUGAUGCGACGGCGGCGGUCAAUUUUAAUCGCUGCUGUACGGUAUUGCCGGCGAUAGGAAUGUUGUGGCAGGCAGCGGCGACGGCGACGAAGGUCGGGAAUGUGUCGAUGCCGGCGUUGGAGGAGCAGUGUGGGAUGAUGAGUUGUGCGAGUGGGGUUAGUGGUGGGGAGGCGGCGGUUAGGGCGAAUGGGUCGAUUGCUGCGAAUCGAUAGGUGUGUAGAAGGAGG